GGGUGGUCGCCGGGGGCGGCGCUCUGGUUACUCGGCGGCCGCCGUCCCCGGGCGUCUCCGAGACUGGACUCUGGUCUUCGCUGUCACACGGAGCGUGUUUGCUGGUUUCGGGUAACGUGCGACGCAGGUCGUGCGGGCCAUUUUCUUUUCAUUGUAUCCUCGAAAAUCUUUUUUUAGCUAAAAUCAGAGCCAUUCUUAAGCUGGCGAGACUUUAAGUCAUUCGUUAUUUGGUCGUUAACCAAAAACCUACGCAUAAGCCUGCAGUAUCUGUUGGAAAUGUUGGCCAGCUUGCAAUAGAUUUGAUUAUUUCUACACUAAAUAUGCGUAAGAUUGGUUACUUCUAUACCGAUUGUCUUGUGCCAAUGGUUGGAAACAAUCCAUAUGCAACUGCAGAAGAAAAUUCAACAGAACUCUGUAUAAACGCUGAAGUAUAUUCAUUGCCUUCAAAGAAGCUCGUGGCUCUUCAGUUAAGGUCCAUUUUUAUUAAGUAUAAAUCAAAGCCAUUCUGUGAGAAACUGCUUUCCUGGGUGAAAAGUAGUAACUGUGCCAAAGUUAUUGUUCUUUCAAGCAGCCAUUCAUAUCACCGUAAUGAUCUACAACUUCGCAGCACUCCCUUCAGAUACCUACUUACACCCAUUGUGCAAAAAAGUGUUCAAAAUAGAAUACAGAGCCUUAAUUGGGAAGAAAUGGAAAAAAGCCCAUGCAUUCCUGAAAUAGAUGAUUCUGAGUUUUGUAUUCGUAUUCCUGGAGGAGGUAUCACAAAAACACUCUAUGAUGAAGGCUGUUCUAAAGAAAUCCCAGUGGUGGUUCUGCUGAAAUUUGUUUCAGAAGGAGACAAUAUCCCAGAUGCAUUAGGUCUUGUUGAGUAUCUUAAUGAAUGGCUUCAGAUAAUCAAACCAUGUUGUGAUGACCCCACAGCAUCUGCCUUGCAGUGGAAAAUGCCGAGUUCGUGGAGAUUACUCUUUGGCAGUGGUCUUCCCCCUGCACUUUUCUGAUCUGUUUUCAGUUUUAUAUAUUAUGUCCCAAGACACUUACUACCAACACAACUGUUAAACAACUAUAUCAAAAGUUAUAUUAUCUGAGAAUGUAUUAGGAAAUAAAUCUUUACUUUUCACAGAAAAUCUCAGAAAAUGGAUUAAAAGUUGUUUUGCCAUGCUUUUCACUAUAUACAACAAAUGUAAAUUUUGUACAAUAAAAUACUUCCUGAUUUUGUCUGAAA